AUUUUACAAAAUUAAAAUAUUUUCGUAACAAUGGAAAACAUAAAAGAAGAAACAAUACACCAUACAGCUAUGAAACUAGCGGAAGAAAUCAAAAACCUUUCAAUAUACAAAUCAUUCUACAGUGAUGUACAAAAACUGGUGUCUUCACCAAAUGUGAAAAAAGAUGAUUUUAAGCAAACUUUACAACAAGCAAUGAAAGAAAAAGGCUUAGAUACAAAACUAAGAAAUACAGUUUUUCAUUGGGUUCGAACACAGAGCAAACAAAAUAAAUUAGAUCCGUUAACAUCGUUAUCGAAAGCGAGUGCUCAAUGGGAGAAAAGAAUUCACAAAUCACUAAACUCGAUGUGCUCAGACUUAGAGACAUCUCUGGCUAAAAUAAGACCGCAAAGUGAACAAGAAGAACUUGCAGAUAAAUGGAAUGAGCUCAGCACAUAUAGCCUAGAUUUAUCGAAAUAUAGACCAGUUUACGCACCAAAAGAUUUUUUAGAUGUUUUACUGACUUUAUCUGGAUAUGUGCCAUUUACAAGAGAAGAUGAACCAAAAUGGGAAUUUGCACAUCUACCUCUACAAGUCAAAACCUUGGAUCAAUUGCGUAAGAUAUACCAAGAAUGGGCCAAUGGAGAACCAUUACUCGGAGUAAAUCCAAAUAUGCCAAGUACGGUUCCAGGUUUCGCGACUCUAGAAGCAGAGCGAAUAGGGCUAGGUGAGAGGGUUGCAGUGUUGGGAUACGCUCCUGUUAUACAAGAGUACCUGAAAAAGGGCAGUCCUCAAUGCUUGCGGGCUAGAUUGUGGUCACAAGUGUUGGGCGCUGAUGUCAAACAACAGCAAAUUAUUUACUUUAAUCAACUUAAGAAAAACGUACUAGAAGUGGACUUGAUGAUAGACAAGCUCAUUUUUAAAGACGUACAGCUGACAGCUUCCAAUGACGAUCAGUACUUCGUGUUUGAAGAUUUGCUAUAUCAGGUGAUGCUGUGCUUCUCCCGCGACGGCGAAGCGGCGCGCGCGGCGGGCGCGAGCGCACUGCGGGUGGCCGUGAAGGGCCGCCACGCCCCCGACUGCCUCAUCGCUUUCCCGCCCAGCGGCGUCAUACCCUUCCACGGGUUCACCAUGUACGCUACUCCAUUUUGUUAUUUAUAUGACGAUCCCGUACAACUGUAUUUUAUGUUUCGCGCCUUUUAUAUGCGCUACUGGCAUCGGUUGCAUUAUAUAUCAACACAUCCUCAGGGAAUCGUUUCUCUGUGUCUUCUGUAUGAGAGGCUGCUUGAAGCAAACGAACCUCUCCUAUGGAUUCACUUCAGAAAUAUUAAUAUAAAUCCUAUUCGAGUGGUAUUUAAAUGGUUAAUGCGAGCGUUCAGUGGACAUCUCCCACCCGAUCAACUUUUGCUUUUAUGGGAUGCGAUCCUCGGUUACGACUGCUUAGAAAUUCUUCCAUUAUUAGCUUUAGCUAUACUGAGUUUUAGAAAAGAAAACAUUUUUCAAGUUAACACACUGCAAAAUGUUGACGCUGUUUUAGCAGAUUUAUCGACCAUAUCCGUUAUACCAUUAUUACAAUUGGCUUUAAUGAAGUCCUAGAUGUGGAAUAAAUUAUACGUUUAAAGUCCACAAAUUUUAAUUACUUUUAUGUUUUAGCUCAUUUACGUAAAUAAGGAGAUUUUCAGAUGUGGAAACUAAAAUGAGAAUGAAAACGUUUAUUGGAACUAUUCGAAUGUUUGUCCGUUAGAAUUAGAAUGGAUUAGAAAUUAUAAAUUA